AGCAAACUAAAAUUGUUUUGUAAAGUCAAGAGCUCUUAAAAAAUUGCUGAAAAAAUGAAGAUUGUAAUUACAAUAUUCAUUCUAUUUAGCUUAGAUUUAAGUUUGGGAAAACUAUAUACAGAAUGUGAAUUAGCUAGAGAACUAUCUGACAGAUUUGGUAUGAAAUACAGAGAAAUUCAAAGAUGGGUUUGUCUAGCAAGUCAUUAUCCAGCGGGAGGUGGUAAACUGGAUUCAAAAGGACUUAUAGAAAGUGAUACAGAUGAUUCAUUUAGUGGAAUUUUUCGAAUACACAAUGCCUGGUGUAGUGAAGAAAAUUCAUGGGAUCCUAAACCUGAAAAAACUCUUUGCAAGAUCCCAUGUUCAGCACUACGUUCAGAUGAUAUUGCAGAAUCGGUGAAUUGUGCAAAAAGGAUAUAUAAAGUAAAAAAAUAUAGAAGGCAAGAAUGGGGUCAACAACAACCCGAAUACCCCGGUAGAUUGAGAGAAUGUUUAGAUGCUCUACCCAAGUUAAGAAAAUGUUUUAAAAAAUAAAAAUUGUACACAAAAAAAAAAAAAACAGCUUAU